UUAUUUAAAAAUCUAGAUUCAGCGUUUCUUUUCGAACCAGUGAACUUUCAUUCUCCUCUUGCCUGUCAUGGACGAACCCUUACAGGACCAUUCGAUUCUGGAGCCCAACGGCCAGGAGGCAUCGUCUGCAAUGACUACGGGCUUGGGGUUUUGGAUUGGCCAGAGGAUCAAUGCUGUCGGAAAUCCUCGGCGGGUCGGGACUGUAAGGUACGUGGGGGAGGUGGAAGGAUACGCUGGAGAUUGGGUAGGUGUCGACUGGGACGACGGCGAAGGGAAGCACGACGGCUCUGUGGGAGAUGUCCGAUAUUUCUUGGCGAGGGGAGAGAGGUCGGGUUCUUUCGUCCGUGCCAAGAACCUCAGCUCUGGGAUUUCGUUCUUGGAGGCUCUUCAUCUCCGCUAUGGAAGCGAAUCGACCAAGGAAGAAGAAGAGGAGAUGUAUGUUUAUUCAACCAGCCAAAAACAUGUUUCUAUACAACUUGUGGGGAAACACAAAAUUCAGGAGAAGUUACAACACAUAAACGAGCUGCUCAAUGCAUCUUUAUCUUAUUUAGGAGUUAGCUCAACUGAACCUUCCAAUGAGAUCAAUGCUGUAGUUCCAAAUCUGAAAGAACUUGAUUUGACAGGAAAUCUACUUUCUAGAUGGCAGGAUAUUGAUACCCUCUGCAAAGCACUACCAGCUCUUGAAAUUCUCAACUUAACAAACAAUCUCAUGGAUUGUAAAAUUCCUUAUAUUCCUUCUCUUGGGGGCAUCCGUGUACUGGUUCUUAGUAAUUGUGGCAUCACAUGGAAUCAGGUUGAAGAACUCAAAGAAUCACUUUCUGCUAUCCAAGAAUUACAUUUGAUGAAAAAUAAUAUACAGAUAAUAGUGUGUGCUUCCAAUGCUCGUGGUCAAGGAUUUGAUUCGUUGAGAGUUUUAAAUUUGGAAGAGAAUCAUAUUGAAUCAUGGGAUGAAAUAUUGAAGCUUUCUUAUUUAAGAAGUUUGGAACAGCUGCAUUUGAACAGGAAUAAACUGAGGCAAAUAUACUACCCUCUUGAUCAACGAAUGACAGGAAGUGAUUUUUCUACAAAGGCUACAAAUAUUAGACCAUUUGAAUGUCUGCAGUGCCUACUUCUAGGAUCCAACGAGAUUGAUAACGCGGCAUCAAUCGAUUCCUUGAACCUGUUCCCUAGAUUGAUGGACAUAAGGCUUUCAGACAAUCCUAUUGUUGAUCCUUCCAAAGGAGGUGUCUCGAGAUUUGUGUUGGUUGCACGACUUGCAAAAGUUAAGUUCCUCAAUGGGAGUGAGGUAAGUCAACGUGAGCGGAAAGAAUCAGAAAUUCGAUAUGUCCGUCUUGUUAUGUCAAAGAUGCAGUCAGAUGAUCUGGAGGAAAUUCAACGCUUUCAUCCUAGAUUUGUGGAGCUUAAGGCACUGCAUGGUAUUGCUGAUGAGACACCAUCCUCUGGAAUUUCUGGACCACAGAAAAUGUCUUCUGGACUUAUCUGUGUUACGUUGAAGUGUGUAGGAGCUUCCAUGGGAGAAAAACAACCCUUGACCAAGAAGCUGCCAUCUACUGUUACUGUUGGCAAGCUUAAGGCUCUUUGUGAAAGUUUCUUCAAAUUAAAGGGCAUCAGGUUGAAAUUGUUUAUUCAGGAGCAGGAGGCGCCACUGCCUUCAUUGCUAGAUGAUGAUAUGAUCCCGCUUGGGGAUGUUGGAGUAAGCAAAGAAACAACAAUCUUAGUGGAUGAAGAAAGUUAAAACUGGAAAUCCGGUUUUUUGGCUGUGUUGGUGAAAUGGUUUGCGUCAUCUGAAAUUAAGCUUGCUCUGGUGACACUGUCAGCGAAUCUUAUAUCCUUCUUUAAAGCUUAUGUUGUGUGAUUUAUAUUUCAGUUCACUGACUCAGGUAAUCAUUGUAUUCUACGUUUUGUUAUUCGAUUUAAUUGAGUGUUUGUUUAGGAA